UGGUUGUGUGGGGGUGGAGGUCGUUCAACGGCCUUGACAGAGCGUGGAGGGAUUCACUCAUUCACGGCAGUGAAUUCCUAGUGACGUACUUAUUUUCUUGAAUAUAAGGAUACCAUUGGGCCCCGAAACAGUGUUCUAAGAUUUGCGGAAAUUUGAUCGCAGGGUCGUCCGUCGAGGAAAAUCUUUUAUCAGCGUGGGUUCCCAAAAGAAGUACUUAGGUUUUACACGCACGUGCAUGCAUGUAAUCAGUAGCAGAUGAGCUAGAAUAUUUUUAUCCAAGAGAUGACGGUAGACUUAGGUUUUGUAGAAAAAUGCGAGUCGUGGUUAUUGGAAAGUAGAUUUUUCCCGAGUAAGGUCGGUGGUAAACCGGCGUGGCUUGAUUUAAAAAAUAUUCCUGGAGAGAAAGAUGUUCAGUGUGAAUAUUGUAAAGAACCCUGUAUAUUUUUAUGUCAAAUCUAUGCUCCGUAUGAAGAGAACGAUGAUGCUUUCCAUAGAACGAUCUUCAUUUUUAUAUGCAAGAAGAAGGAAUGUUCGAAGUUAAAUGAAACUGGAAACUUGAAAGUGUUCCGUUCCCAAUUACCUAGAAUAAAUCAAUUUUUCCCACCUGAACCACCUGUAGAACAAAGGGACUGGAGAACCGAUAUCAACGUAGAUCAAUGGACAAAAACAUGUUACGUUUGUGGGAUCUUAGCACCUAAUCAUUGUUCUAAAUGUAAAAAGACUAAUUAUUGUUGUCGUGCUCAUCAAGUCUACGACUGGAAGCAUGGGCACAAAGGAACCUGUGGAUCUAGUAAUGAACCAACAAAAACUAAUGAUUUUUUAUUACCAGAAUAUGAAAUAGUAAUAGAGAAAGAUGACACAAACGAUGAAAGUAACAAUGAUUUAUCUAAGGAAGAAGAAGAAAUUAAGAAAUACGAAGCAAUGAUCGAGAAAGGUGAAGCAGGAACUCUUCAAAAUGAAGAUGUGGAAAGUACAUUGUUAAAUGUAGCUGAUCAGCAAGAGGAUCAAACAUUUUGUGAAUUUCGUUUAGUCGUUGAUAAAUAUCCAGACCAAAUAUUAAGGUACGACAGAGGAGGAAGUGUUUUAUAUAUUUCAUCAGAAAACAAAGUUGGUGAUGUACCAAAAUGCUCGGGAUGUAAUGAAGAAAGGCAGUUUGAAUUUCAGAUAAUGCCUCAGCUGUUAAAUUUUCUGAAUCUCGAAGUGGCGACCGAAUGCGUUGAUUGGGGCAUUCUGGCGGUGUUCACUUGUAAAAGAUCUUGUAUACCCAAAAAUGGAUGUAGCGCAGAAUUUGUAUGGAAACAAGAUAUCGUGGAAACAAUAUCUUCGUGAUGAUACAUGGAAAAUUUGCUACACUAUCUAACUUACAUGGCAAUGUAAGAAGGUAUACAGAUAUUUUGUAAAUCAAUUAUUUAAAACAAAAUCAGUAUCGUAAGAAAUAAAAAUUCUAAGAAAAUUUUAUAAAUAAUAACGAAAAAAGCAUACGAUAUUAAAUCCAUGUCAAAAAUUAAAUGCUUAUGUAGAUACUCCUAUCUUAACAAAAUGAAAAGUACUCUUACAGAUUAUAAACGAGUCAUUACUUAGACCCUUCGCUGAAUAAUUAAUAGCAUAAAGUUUCCACAAAAAAAUGAUUAAAAAUCGUAGUGUCACAUAUAAAAAGUCAUGAAAAAAAUAA